AUGCAGGGUACUUGGGGAGAAGCUGGUCAUUCCCCAAGAUGCAUUGGAAGCCACCAUGAUCCUCAACAAUUCCAACCAGGAACAGUUUGCCUACUGGCUCUAAACAUCUGUUGUGGAGAUGGAACAGUCUCUGAGAGAGGAAUUCCGAAAUGCAACAGAUGUAAGUUAGAAAUUGGAACAGAUGAGGAUUAAACCACAGAAUAUCCUGUUCACAAGAGUGUUUGGCUGGGGGAAGCAGUGUCCAUUCUGCAAGUCACCAUGUGAGGCAGGAGGAGACGCUCACAAUGAUCACUGUGUUUCAAUACACAGACCACAGGGACUUGGUCGUUACAGGUUUGAUGUUUCAAAGGAACCUCGUGACUGAUAUCUGCUCCUCCUCUGUGUUCACUGAGAGUUCUUUCAAAUGCUACGAGACAAAUGAAAAAUACCACCCUUUCAAAAAGUACAGAGACAUUUUCCCCAACUGGCAUAUUCCAGUAGAUCCCAGCACACAAGCCUCAGACUACUAG